AUGACGUCCAGUCGUGCGGCAGGGCGACUACGUUCCGCUACGAAACGAACUGAAAAGAUAAAGGAACAAGUCAUGAAAUCUUCCACGUCUGUGUCACGCAGGACGAUACCCCCUUCACAGCGGAAAAUGUUAGAACAAACGCAAUCGGUUUCACAACUUUCUGAGGCAUCGACGGGGAAUUUACCUCCGCACAAACUUUCGCAGCGCGAAUUGGUUCGUGUUCAUGGCUGGGAACCUGUUGUAAAACCUCUGCGGGAUACCGAUGCGGUGUCUCUUCCUGGCACAGCUACCACAGGUGUUGUGUGGAGGAAUGAUAUCACGAAUGCGACACUCAUACCGAACGACGUGGGUGGCGGUGUUCGUACGCGUAGAGCGGCGGCAAGACUUGCUGCUGGUGUAGAACCCCCAAACUAUUUGGUAUACUCUCGUGACCCACACGUUAAGUCUAAGCGUAGGGGACAACAUAAUGUACACGUUACUGAAGAUGUGCCUUCUGCUAGUGCCUCGGGCGCCGUUUUGAGUGGCGUUUCAUUAACUUUAUCCAAGGCGGUGCGCAGCAGAUGGCGUGGGAUUAAAAGUGUUGACAAUGGGGAGAAUAAACAACAGGAUGGUAAUGAGAUCGGUGAGGAUAAGCCAAACAGCGUUGGUGACGACGAUGCAAAAUUCGUAGGUGAGGGAAAUGGUGAGAAGAGACAGGAUGGACGAGUGAAAAAAAGCGAAGGGCCAGAAGAAAUAGAAGAGGAGAAUGGAGCAGAUUCCAUAGAUGCUAAGGAGGAAAAAGUUGGAAAAGUAGAAGACAUGGGAGAAAUGAAAGAAAACGUUGAGGAACAAAAUAACAACCCCCACAGUGAUGAAGAAAUUACUGAUCAAUCUGAAGAUGAAAAAGAGAGUGGGGAGGAGGUGGGGAAUGAAACCCCCGCAGAAGAUGCAGAAAAUCGGGAAGGGGAUGGUGACACGCCUCGAGGCCGGCGGCGGAGGGGUUUAGCGAGUUGGUUGUCUCGCCGUCGGAGUCGCUUUGGCUGUGAGCGGAGGAAGCGGAGACGAGCUGAAGCAGUUACCUCCGCUGAUGGGCAGCAGCAGCAGCAGCAACAACAACGCAUAGGUACCUUGUCUGCAUCACAGGCGAUGCUACCACCACCGUACAGGCGCAACCGCCGGUUAAAGCGAAAGCUUGAUGUAACGGAAGAUUCUCCCAUAUUCGCAUCGCAUGCUGAGUUGCGGGAUAAGGCAUCACACAUAUUUGCGAGGGCUCCCUUUUCCACGGAUGAGGAUGUGUUGCGUUCGACUAUCGACUGGCGGGACAAUCCAACGCUGCUGUACGCCAGGUUGCUGUGGGAAUUAGCUCCUCGUGAAUUUCUUGGUAUCGUUACGAAACGGCAAGAGGAAAGAACAGCGUCAAGCGUUCUCCAAGGAGCUAACUCGACUAUAUCGGUGAAGAAGGAGUAA